AUGGCUGCGCGCCCCGCCGCCGGCCUCGCCUGCGCGCUGCUGCUCCUCUCCGCCGCUCUGCUCCGCGGCGGCUGCCGGGCGCGCUUCGCCGCCGAGGCGGACUCGGAGGACGACGAGGACCAGGAGGCGAGGGUUUUCCCCGAGUCGCCGCUGCAGAGACCCACGGUGCUGGUGGCCCUGCUGGCCCGCAACGCGGCGCGCGCGCUGCCCCUCUUCCUGGGCUGCCUGGAGCGGCUGGACUACCCCAAGAGCAGGAUGGCCAUCUGGGUGGCCACUGACCACAAUGUGGAUAACACAACAGAAAUCCUCAGGGAGUGGCUGAAAAAUGUCCAGAGGCUCUAUCACUACGUGGAAUGGAGGCCCAUGGAUGAGCCUGAGUCUUAUCCUGAUGAAAUUGGUCCAAAGCACUGGCCUGCCUCCCGGUUUGCCCACGUGAUGAAACUACGACAGGCAGCUCUUCGAACUGCGAGGGAAAAAUGGUCAGACUACAUUCUGUUCAUAGAUGUGGACAACUUCCUGACUAACCCACAGACCCUCAGUCUACUGAUUGCCGAGAACAAAACCAUCGUGGCCCCCAUGCUGGAGUCUCGGGGCCUGUACUCUAAUUUCUGGUGCGGAAUCACACCUCAGGGCUUUUAUAAACGGACCCCGGACUACCUUCAGAUCAGAGAAUGGAAGAGGCUGGGCUGCUUUCCCGUCCCCAUGGUCCACUCCACACUCCUGAUCGACCUCAGGAAGGAAGCCGCUGACAGGCUGAUGUUCUAUCCCCCGCACCAGGACUACACCUGGACCUUCGAUGACAUCAUCGUCUUCGCCUUCUCCAGCAGGCAAGCAGGCAUUCAGAUGUACCUCUGCAACAGAGAGCACUAUGGCUACCUGCCCAUCCCCCUGAAGCCCCAUCAGACCCUGCAGGACGACGUUGAGACCCUCAUCCAUGUGCAGAUAGAAGCAAUGAUUGACCGUCCUCCAAUGGAACCCUCCCAGUUUGUCUCAGUUGUCCCUAAACACCCAGACAAGAUGGGAUUUGAUGAGAUUUUCAUGAUAAAUCUCAAACGCAGGAAGGACCGGCGGGACCGGAUGCUACGCACCCUGUAUGAGCAGGAGAUUGAGGUCAAGAUCGUGGAGGCUGUGGAUGGAAAGGCGCUCAACACCAGCCAGCUGAAGGCCCUGAACAUUGACAUGCUGCCUGGGUAUCGAGACCCCUACUCCUCCAGGCCUCUGACCAGGGGUGAAAUUGGCUGCUUCCUUAGCCACUACUCUGUCUGGAAAGAGGUAAUUGACCGAGAGCUGGCGAAGACUCUUGUUAUUGAGGAUGACGUGCGUUUUGAACAUCAGUUUAAGAAGAAGCUGAUGAAGCUGAUGGAUGACAUUGACCAGGCUCAGCUGGAUUGGGAACUGAUUUAUAUUGGUAGGAAGAGGAUGCAAGUAAAAGAACCAGAAAAGGCGGUGCCCAACGUGGUCAACCUGGUCGAAGCCGACUACUCCUACUGGACGCUGGGCUAUGCCCUCUCUCUGGAAGGAGCACACAAGCUGGUGGGAGCUGAUCCAUUCGGGAAGAUGCUGCCAGUGGACGAGUUCCUGCCAAUCAUGUACAACAAGCAUCCUGUAGAGGAGUACAAAGAGCAUUACAAAUCCAGGAACCUGAAAGCCUUCUCCGCAGAGCCCUUGCUCAUCUACCCCACACACUACACAGGCCAGCCGGGGUACCUGAGCGACACGGAGACCUCGACCAUCUGGGACAACGAGACAGUGGCCACUGACUGGGACAGGACACAUUCCUGGAAGUCCCAGAAGCAAGGCCACAUCCACCACAACGCCAAGAACACAGAGGCCCUGCCACCGCCAACCUCCCUGGACACCGUGCCUUCGAGGGACGAGCUAUGA